AUGUCGGGUUUAAUGGCAAAAAUGCGACAAAUUCGGGAGCAGCAUGAACAAUUUCGUAUAAGUGGAAUUUCUGGGAUUGAACUUCAAGAUGCCCAAAAAGCUGGCAUGAGAAAAAUUAAUAGAUUCGGAGUUUCUUACUUUCUCACGUUCGAUACAACUGCCCUGCUUGUAGCAACGUUCAUAACAAUACCUGAACUGCACAAGAACAACACCGAUGAGAUUCCAGUCAGGAUGUUUUUGUCCAUUUUUCUCUAUUUACAAAUCAUGAUAAACUUUUACAUGAUCGCUGUAAAAUCCAAGCUGGACCGUUACCCGGGCUCUGGAAAGAAUGGCUUCAUCCCAAUGCAAACACCACAGAACGAGUGGAAACAAUGUAAACAUUGCUUGAUCAAGACACCUCCAAGGGCGCAUCAUUGUCCCAUCUGUAACACUUGCAUCCUGAAACGUGACCAUCAUUGUUUCUUUGUGUAUUCGUGUGUCGGAUUCCACAACCAACGUUAUUUUACUGUCAUGCUGUUCUAUGCUACACUUGCAGGUUGGUACAGUCUAUAUCUCCUGCGGAACUACCUAGAAACUUACUACAUUGAUCCUUUCAGUGGAAACUUCUAUAGGAUAGUCGUCCCUGUUGCAGUGUACGACUGGUGGGUUGGAAGAAUAUCGUUUGGGGUCUUCCUCUUAGCAAUGUUUCUGUACUGCGUGAUAUUCAGUGCUUUGGCUGCCACAUUCUUCUUAUCGCAGCAAGUGAUCUUCACAGUUUCUGGCCGAACAAGUUACGAGUUUCAGAACAAUAUCACAAAGUAUUCCCUGGGACCUUUUGACAAUUUAAGGACUGUCUUUGGAUCAUUUGGUAUAUUGAACUUCCUAAUGCCUUGUCCUUGGUUGAAGAGUGACGGAGAUGGUAUGACCUGGAAGAGCAAGGGGAUAUGACAGUAGCCAUGGUAACCAUUGCUACUUGAAUAUUGUGGAGAAGCUGCCUUUCUCUUCAUUUGUACAUCAUGUAUUUCUAUUUGUUUCUGUGAUGAUUGAACCAUAUUCUUGACUUAAAGCAGGGAACAAUUGAGGUUCACUUGUACUACUGAUUAUUCUCGUCAUCAAAUCAGUUCAAGCCUUACCUAUGAUGUGUUGUUUAGCCCAUAUUUAGAAUUGGGUUACCAUGGUUAAACACCAUUCAUAAUAUGGUUGGAUUAUGGGCCUUUUCCAAGAGACUUUUACGAACUCAGUCUGACAUUACAUGUACUUUGUUUACCAGAAGACUACUUACAAGUUACUCUUAUUGCAUGUGUAAUCAUUUUUAUACUGUUUGGUUGUUUUUGUAUUCAUAGUUUAUGGAUAUCGCUAUUUAAAUUUGUGAUCUGUUCACAUAAAUCAUUCAAAACCCUUCAUUGACAAUCAGUCUCUCUUUGCAGGAUUGCUUCUUGGUUCUGUUAUCUAUUCAGGUACCCUAGUUUGUAACAUACCAGUACUAUUUCUGUUCUGUUCAAGUUACUUUUAUUAUUCUUCCUAGUCAUGAUCUCUACAUAUCAUUAUGUAUACAAUAUUACAAUGCUUUAUGGGCCUGAAGAUCAAACCUAGUUUUAUUGUUCUUCCUAGUCAUGAUCUCUCACUGUCAUUAUGUAUACAUAUUACAAUGCUUUAUGGGCCUGAAGAUCAAACCAGGUUUUUGUCAGACUAGUGUAGAAAACCAAUGAGUAGGUUGUUGUGAUUAGACAGGACUAGAAUCACAGGAUGUUUUCAUGGUUUGAUAUAGUACGCCAUCUAACUAAAAAUGUUGUUAAUUGGCUAUUCAUGUAUUGAUCUUUUGAUGUGAUUUGUAAUGCCUAUAUUUUUCAGUCUGGAAGUGGAUGGAUUUCCAUACCCACUAUGUGGAUGUCCAUACACUUGGCACUCUUCCAUACUGUUUACAGUAGGUACUGCAGCAAAGGCUAGGACUUCAGUCACAUUGAUGUCAUCACUGUCACUAAUGUCAGUAAUGUUGUCUUACACUGCCAAUCAUACAGGCAUCUAUGUACUUAUACACAAUAUUUAAUCACAGUAUUAGACUUUUUGAUUUUUUUUAAAAAGCAAUUAACUGGCUGUUCUGAACAGAGAAGUUGUCAAUAUCCUUGAAUUUUUUUUUCGGUAACCAUCCCUCAUUUUAUCAAGUUUGGCAAGAAUAGAAUCUCAGUCAUGUGAAUAAAAU